AUGGCUCCUGACAACUGCAAUGGCUCUUCGGACACAGCCAACCAGUGCGAACCUCAGCAUAGACAAUCUUCUUACGCCUCAAGCCUUGUUCAAAGCAGCGAGCCGGGUCAAUUGAGAGGAAACACCUCUCUGAGGCAAUCCGAAACAUACCGCGAGCUUGCUAGCAUGAUCCACGAAAGUCAUAAUGGGCCGUCUAAGCUAUUGCUCCUCAUCGUACCAAUCGCCAUCGUUUCCCGGUUUGCAGGAUUGCCUGCGGUGGCUGUUUUUUUGCUCAACAUGAUAGCUCUAGUGCCGCUUGCAGCAUUAUCCAUCUUCACUGUGUUGGUGCUGACCAGAAAUGCGGGUUUCUGGGGAGGCUUUAUCAGAACCGUCUUUGGCAAUGCUAUAGAAUUGACUCUUGGUAUCACUGGAUUAUAUCACAGCGAGAUCUCGCUCGUCCAACAGAUGGUUAUAGGCAGCGCGCUUAUAUACUCACUUUUUGUAUUGGGUGGUAGCUUCUUGCGCGCAAGCUAUGGAAAGCAAAAUGAGCCCUUCAGCAAGACUAAAACUGCUGUGUUGUCAUCUCUUGUUCUGGUCUCCUCCUUUUGUCUAGCCAUUCCAGCCGCCAUGGCCACAGCCGCCGACAAGGAAUUCCGGGAUGGUCAGAACGUGGGCACCGUCAAUGAUCCUUCUGAAGACGUGCUCCUACUCUCACGCAUGACAGCUACAGUCUUACUCUGCCUCUUCCUCACUUAUCUUAACUUCCGUUUCCUCAGUCACGCCCAACUCUUCCCAAAGAAUCCCAAUGCGGCACAGUUCAAUCCAGAAACCCGUAUAGAGUCAACAUUAGACGGUAUUAAAUACGCUUCGACUAGGUCACUGGUCUUGAGCUUUAGCUUCAUAAGUAGCAUCGCCUGUGCAGCUAUAUGCGCCAGUUCACUAGUGACCAGCAUCGACGCCGCAGUCCAAAAGCUGAACAUCACUAAGUCAUUCAUUGGUUUCGUCAUCACGCCGCUGGCUGCCAGUCUGGCGAAGUCCGUGGCAAUAGUCAAGCAUGCUCGGUCCGAGAGGAACCACGAAGAUCAGCGGAUGAGUCAACUUGACUUUGUUAUUCGCUCAGUCAUGACCAACAUAUUGGACACGCUUUUGGUCAUCAUACCACUACUCAUUCUGUUAGGCUGGCUCAUGGGAAAGCCCAUUGCGCUGGACUUUGGGCUUUUUGAAACUGUUGUCUUCUUAAUGGCAAUUAUCGUCAUGACGUAUCUGCUGCAGUAUGGCAAGACGACGUAUUUUGAAGGAUGUAUGCUCAUGGGAACAUAUGUCUCUAUUGCUGUAGCCUUCUAUGUCCGCCCCGAAUCGCUCGAAGAGACUUCUACUAGGUAGAAUAGAACCGCCGACACCACUUUUAGAAGCAUGCCAAGUGUUAAUUAUAGGGAUCAAUAUAAUAUGCCACCGAGAUGAUAACAUAGCUAGAAUACUUAAAAUUAGUUACUCUUAG